AAGCUUUUCGCGCGGGGCAGCUCUGUUCCUAAACAUCGUCCAACUUGGAAACAGAUGGCAGAAUCGGAGGAAGCUGAUGCCAGGGACUUUGGAGACAUUGCGGCUGAUAUGCCCGAUGAAGAAGAGAUUGUUUUUGAUGGACCCAUGAAAGCCGCUGAAGCAGCGGCCCUGACUUCCUUAAUGAACAACAGCUCUUUCUUGACGCGCUGUUCGCAGCGUUGCGGAGCGGAAGCUGUUGAGCUUGCCCAGCAAGUUUAUAAAAAGCUUGGAUCAUCGGAACAUGUGGGUGAAGCAGUGGAGGCAGUCGUGACCAAAUAUGGGGCACCACACUUGAGACCCACGGACAUUGAAGGCCGUUCUGAGCAGGAUACUGCUUGCUGGUCCCUGAUCAAUCUACUGAAAUAUGCCGCAGCCUGCGCGACCCAAGAUGAAGCAAAACACGCUUGACAGCCGUGCAAAUCUGCAAGUUCAUGGCUUCAAGCGCUUGUCAGACAUCAAAUAUUGAUGAAGAGACGCUAGAGGCGGAAGACCUUGAGCCGAACACUGCGGAGAACUCUUGAAGGGAAAGCCUCUUAGUGCAACAUCCCUCCAAGUUCAGGUAUCACUUUGUACAGAGCCUGGCGGUGAAAA